GUGCGUUGCAAAGUUUUUAUUAAAACUUUACUGGUGCUGCUAAAUGUUUGACUUACUAACUGGACGCGAGAAUUAUGGAGAACGCCUCAGUCAAGAUGAAGAAGUUCAAAGUUUGUUGGCUGGUGGCACCAGUUGUACCUAGCUAGCUAACUCGCUAAUUCGUCUACGUAGCCAGUUAGCUACCCAGCUGACUAACAAAGCAAGAUGGGUUCGCUUGGAAACUUUUGACCAACUUUUGACCAACUUUCUUUGUUUGUGUGGUUCGUUUGCUUUCAUGAAGCAAACUCAAGAGGAUGAGGAUUUGUCUUCGAUAAUGCAAGCUUGCUUAACGACAUAAACGAGACAACUUAAUAUCAGAGCAAAACAGCUUGAUAAACUAAUGCCAUGUCUGACCCAAGUAACUGGAGUGGAUUAACAAAUAGCAAAUCUCAUUUCAUCACUGGUGCAAUGCUUAAGCGGUCCAAAAGUUGUCGCAGCAACAGUAGGAAAAACCUUGGCGUUGGGACACCAUCACCGACGCGUCCACUCUCACCCCUGUCAGUUCACACAGCUGCCAGCAGCCCUUUAGACAGUCCAAGAAAUGUGUCUGCCGUUGCCUCUCUCAACUUUCCUUUUGCCCGAAGCCACCUGGCUCGAGCUGACAGAGUGGAAGGUAGAAGGUGGUCAGUGGCAUCUCCUUCAUCAUCUGGCUAUGGCACCAAUCCACCCAGCUCCACUGUCUCUUCUUCCUCUUCCUCCCAAGAACGCUUGCACCAGCUUCCAUACCAACCCACACAAGAUGAGCUCCAUUUCCUGUUCAGACACUUCCGUAGCUCGGAGAGUGUGACCGAUGAUGAUGGCCGAUGCUCAUCGUUAAUUCGCCCACGCUCCCGUAGUCUCAGUCCUGGGCGAACAAGUGGCUCGUUUGAUAAUGAAACUGUGAUGAUGAACCACAUUUACAAGGAGAGGUUUCCUAAGGCCACGGCGCAGAUGGAGGAGCGCUUGCAGGACAUCAUCACACACUUUUCUGCAGACAACACUUUGCCCCUGGGAGAUGGAGUACUGGGCUUCAUUCAGCACCAGCUGGUGGAGCUAGCCAGAGACUGUCUGGACAAGUCAGAGAACGGCCUGAUCACUUCACUCUACUUCAUAGAACUGCAAGAGAAACUGGAAAAGCUGCUGCAUGAGGCACUGGAUCGUUCUGAGAGUGAGGAGGUUACAGUCAUUACUCAGGUGGUGAAAAAGAUUCUAAUCAUCAUUGCACGUCCUGCAAGGCUGUUAGAAUGUCUGGAGUUUGACCCUGAAGGCUUUUAUCAUCUGCUGGAGGCAGCAGAGGGUCAUGCUAAAGUUGGCCAAGGCAUCAAAACGGACAUUCCUCAAUACAUUAUUAGUCAGCUGGGUCUAAAUCGAGACCCCUUAGAUGAGGUGAAUCAGUUAGAGGAACACUAUGAUUCCGGGCCCACCCUUAAUGCAGAUAAUGAGGACUCAGAGCAGAUCAAGUCUGUGCAUACUGCACCACGAAGAAAACCACUGGAGAGUGACUUUGAAACCAUAAAACUGAUCAGCAAUGGAGCUUAUGGGGCUGUUCACCUGGUUAGGCACAAAGAAACCCGUCAACGGUUUGCAAUGAAAAAAAUCAACCGGCAGAACCUGAUCAUGAGAAACCAGAUACAGCAGGUGUUUGUUGAGCGGGACAUCCUGACGUUUGCAGAGAACCCAUUUGUCGUCAGCAUGUUCUGCUCAUUUGAGACGCGUAGACAUCUCUGCAUGGUGAUGGAGUAUGUGGAAGGUGGUGAUUGUGCAAAUCUGCUCAAGAACAUGGGACCACUGCCAGUUGAUAUGACCCGAUUAUAUUUUGCUGAGACUGUUCUGGCCUUGGAAUAUCUUCACAGCUAUGGCAUAGUACACAGAGAUCUUAAACCUGACAACCUGUUGAUAACUUCAAUGGGCCACAUUAAGCUGACAGAUUUUGGCUUGUCCAAAGUCGGCCUGAUGAACAUGACAACCAACCUAUAUGAAGGCCAUAUUGAGAAAGACACCAGAGAGUUCGUUGACAAACAGGUUUGUGGCACACCUGAGUACAUUGCACCAGAAGUCAUUCUACGACAGGGUUAUGGCAAGCCUGUUGACUGGUGGGCCAUGGGAAUUAUUCUUUAUGAGUUUCUGGUGGGCUGUGUUCCUUUCUUUGGAGACACACCAGAGGAGCUGUUUGGUCAGGUGGUCAGUGAUGAGAUUAUUUGGCCAGAAGGGGAUGAUGCAUUGCCAUUUGAUGCCCAGGAUUUAAUAACACGUUUAUUAAGACAGUGCCCACUUGAAAGGCUUGGAACAGGAGGAGCAACAGAGGUCAAACAGCACACGUUUUUUACUGGUCUGGAUUGGAACGGGCUGCUUCGGCAAAAAGCUGAAUUUAUUCCUCAGAUCGAAGGAGAGGAUGACACUAGUUAUUUUGAUACUCGAUCUGAUCGAUACCAUCAUUUAGCAUCUGACGAAGAUGACGAAACCAAUGAUGAUGAGUCUUCCCUUGAAAUUCGCCGGUUUUCCUCAUGGUCCAAUCGUUUUAGCAAGGUGUAUAGCAGCACCGAAUAUCUAGCCACACCUUCCAAUCUAAGUUUUUCUUCUGACCGAAGUCACAGUGAAGAGCAUGAGGAUCAUGCAGAGAGCAGGGAGCGCCACUCACCUGGCGAAAUGCACCGACAAAGCAGCACAGGAGCUCAGGACAACAGGAGACUUUCAGGACAGAGACCAGGUCUACGGCCACGAGCCUCAUCCAGCUCUUCACAGUCAGACAGAUGUGUCAGCCCUCUGGUGGCAAGCAGUACACACAGCCUUGAGGCCAUGCCACGCUUCGCCCUCUCCACAGAUGAUGAAGCUGAGGUGGUUGUGUCGAACUUACGGCGAAUCAGGCUGCGUAGCAACAGCACAGGAACAAAGCACUCAUCUCCAAGGGAACACGCCAGUCCCCGGUGCUUUGGCAACCAGCUCGAGACCCCUGACAGACAGCAUCUCUCUCCAGGGGGCAAAGUGCCGAAAUCCGCCUCCAUAUCUACGCUGUCCCUCAUCAUUACUCCUGAUGACAUGAGUGGAGGACUUCAGGCCAGCCCGAUAUCCCCACACUCCGUCUCCUCCAACCCUUCAUCCCGGGAUUCCUCCCCAAACCGAGACCUCUCCCUGAGCCUCACCAGCCUCCGACCUCCCAUAUUCAUCCACAGUUCUGGCAAGAAGUACGGCUUUACUCUGCAGACCAUUCGUGUCUACAUGGGCAACAGCGACGUCUACACCAUCCACCACAUGGUCUCGAGUGUAGAGGAAGGCAGUCCAGCCCAUGAAGCUGGUCUUAGAGCAGGAGAUCUGAUCACCCAUGUCAAUGGAGAGUCGGUGCAGGGAUUAGUACACACUGAAAUGAUGGAGCUUCUCCUUAAGAGUGGUAACAAGGUGGCCUUGCAAACAACUGCACUGGAGGACACAACAAUAAAAGUCGGGCCUGCACGGAAAACAAGCUACAAGGGUAAAAUGGCCCGGCGAAGCAAGAAAAGCAAAAGGAAGGACAACCAGGACCGACGGCGAAGCGUCUUAAAGAAGCUGUCCAAGCAGAGCACUGUAAUGCACAGCAGCCGCAGCUUCUCUUCCGGUCUCCAUCACUCAGUUUCCUCAAGUGAAAGUCUACCUGGCUCUCCCACGCACAGCCUGUCCCCCGGACCCUCCACACCAUGCCGCAGCCCAAUUCCAGACCACGCUGCAGAUGCAAACUUUUCUCAGAGUGGUUCCUCAUGCUCCAACUCGCCAAAUUCACAAGCUGUCCAAAUGCGGCCCAGCUCUUUGCACGGCCUUGGGUCCAAAUUGAAUGCCCAGCGCUACACUAAAGUUGGUCGACGCAAAUCCACCAGCAAUAUUCCUCCCUCACCGCUUGCCUGUACCUCCUCCUCCCAGGCCCUGUCUCCACAGCACUCAUCUUCCCCUUUAUCCAGCAUCACCAAAACAAUCCACUCUUUCCAUGGAAAAACACUCUCCCCUCCCACUAUUGUCCGGCAUGGGGUUCGACCCCGCAGCACAGAGAUCCCAGUCUCACCAUUACUGAAAAGAGUACAGUCUGCUGAAAAGCUCUCUGGCAUCUUUCACGGAGAGAAGAAGACUCAUGGUCCACGGCGGCACACUUUAGAGGUUCCUUAUUGUGAAGACGGUAGCUUGGAUGGACAGCCAGAGCUUCAGUACGUCCCGGAUCACAGCAGACUCGGCGGAUUCUCAGCUGGCCAGAUUGUCGUCAUGCGAAAGCUCAAUCUGUCCGAGCGACGCGACUCCUUCAAAAAGCAGGAGGCUGUACAGGAAGUGAGUUUUGAUGAGCCAGAUGAAAGAGCCGGACAGACUUCAGCCAAACCAGCUGAUGUCCGGCCCAAACACAAAGCAGAGUGGAUGGUGCCAGACUCUCAGUCCAUGGAGGAGUGUGUUGUGAGGAGGGUUCCUCUGGUUCCCCAGAUUGCUGUGCAGGGCUCAGAGAGUGAAGAGCUAGAGGACUGGCAGCCUUGCUCUGAUGAUGAGGACAUGGAGAAAAACAAAAGUGUGAGUCUGGAUUCGCAUACAGAAGGCGAAGGAGGGAAUGAAUCACACACAGAGAGCAAGGAAGCAUCAGAAAGUGCCUGCUCUUCCAGGAUGUCAUCAGCAGCGGCACCUAAAAGCAAAGAUCACAGUGCUGACUCAAAGGAAGCAUCAAAGAUGAGUCCGAGGAAAGGGAAACUUAAAGGGAAGUGACUGGGCUAAUGAUGUAGCAGGUGAUCUCUACUAUUCUUUUAGCACUCCUGCUAAAUGUUCACAGAAUAUGCAGAGUGGAUUGGAGUGCAAGUUGGUGUUUUGUAAAUUUGUUUGAAAGUGAAGUAAGCUAGAUUUUUACAGGGAUUAUUUAUAAUUUUUUAAUGCGUGUUGGAAUUCCAGCGGUGAAGAAGAACUUGUGGUAACCAGUUGUUCUUCGAAACCAUAAAAUGGCAAAGACUUGACAUUUUUAUGAAAAAUGUAUUUUUGGACAGAAAGUUUAUUUGUAAAUGGUAGCUUGAAUUCUCAUGGCUAGGUGUGUAAGAGAAUUAUGAUUCAGUGAGGGCUAAACAAAUGUACACACACAAUCAAUUAUGUUUUUCAACCUAAACAAACAUAUCAAUAUUUUUGUUUAUUCAGCAGCUCUUGUUCAUUCUUAAAGUGUCACGUAUCCGCAUAUUUAGCUUAUUUUACAUAUUAUAUUUCAUGAUUUAUAUAGAGAUUAUUACAACUGUCUGUUAUUUACUGCUGAAUUCCAAAGUUUACAUAUGCUCAUAGCAGUGUUGGGAUUUUAUGAUUCAUGACUUUUGCACCUGUUCUUUUACAUGUGAUGUGAUCAUUGGAACAUGAUUCUUUGUCUAAACGUUUUUGGGUGGCACAGCGGUCUAUUAAGCUAGCCAACCAGUUCUGAGACCCUGGUUUGAAUUUCAGCAGCACUAUCGGCCAGCCAGACGACUAAACAGACUUACUAUGUCUACGGACGGAUUGAUGCCCUGUCCAGGGUAUCCUGCAUUGUGCCUUGUGGUGGAACUGGGCCUUUCGCGACCCUGACCUGUAUGGAGCUGUGAUAGCAAUGAAAUGAAACAUUUUCCAAAAGAUGUACAUACAUAUUAUGAGUUCUGCUUGGUCAAAAAUGAUCCAUAUAACACCAAUAUAAAUUCAUUUAAUAGGGUGUUCAGGUUGCACAGCAGUGAAUUACGCUAACGCAUUACUGCUGAAAUUCAUGGUUGGUCUGGGUGGUGUUAUCAUCCAAUACAGACACAAAUGGCACUGUCUUAUAGGUGGUUGGCUAAUGUCCCUUCAUGGAUUACAUCUAUUGUGGUACCUCAUUGUGCCCAGUAAUUCCAGGGUUACCAGAUUCACCGUGACUUUGACCAGGAUAAAGAGCUAGUGUGACUGCACCUGUUAAGCAGACAGAACCUUGUUUUAGCAUAGCAAUUAGCAGUCUGUGUCACAAAGUUGAAAGACGUUAUAGAAUCCCCAGUAAUGUAAAAAGAAAGGCUGCAGAAAUCAUUGAAAUCCCACGACUCUUGUUACCCACAGCGUUUACAAGAGUGUGAAACUUGGCUUCAGCUGUAAAAACCUUUUAGCAGUUUGAAGUUAUUUUUAGGAAAAGCUUAACUAAAAUCCAUUUCACUCCUUUUCCCCCAGCAAUUCCCCCACACCCCCACAGGUGGCCCCACCCCACAGUUUGACUGCAGCUGUGUUUAGUUUAAUGUUUAUUUCACAUGAUGCACUGCAUUUCACACAGUCAGGCCACAUUUUGGUUGCGUUUUGUCGAAGCCUUUGACUGUAGGACUUUCACAUUGUUUGCAAAGGUGGUGUUCAGGAAAAGGGCUCAGGUUUUUUUUUUUUUUAGUUUGUUCUGCUGGAUAUUGUGGUGCCUCAAAGUUGACACGUGGAUAUAGUGACCCAUUUAACCACUUGUAGGAUAUUAUUAUUAUUAUUGUAGAUAUUAUUGUUAUUUGUUUAAAUUGUGAACAAAUCUUUUUGAAUGCUAUGCUUACUGGAAAACUGCAGAGCAUUUUCACCAGUCAGCUUGAAUGGAUCACUUGCUCCUGUUACACUUCCAAAAGUGAUCUCAAAUCUUCUUUUUUUCCCCUAGUGUUUUAAAUGUUCUGUUUCUUUAAGGUCUCUUUAAAGGAUUGCACACAGAGCUUUUACAUAGGAUAUGAAAUCAUCAAUGGCUCACCGUGCAUUUUUAUUACACCUUAUUUAAGACAUCCUAACAAAGAUUUACCUGCUUUUAAAGGACAUUGAUGUGCUUAAUGUAUGCAUGAGAAUAUAAUGUUUUUUUUAACAUUGUUUUUGUAUAGGGAGAAUGUUUACAUUUUUCAUGAAUAUGAGCUUCUGUGCAAAUCUUUAUGCACAAUGUAUAUCUCGCUCUUCCUAACUGGAUUUUUAAAUGGUGUAAGAUGCGGAUAGUAGGAGCAGUGCACAUGAAGAUGCCUAAAGGUCUCAGUCAUAACAAAAAAAAUUGCACAAAUAGUCCAGUAGCCUAAAACUAGAUAUUGCUGUUUGUCUGGAUGACUGAGGUCUCCUUACGGAACUGAACCUGGUUUCUUUGCUAAAAGAUUACAUUUUUAAUGGUACUACAGUAAAUUACUUUUAUCAGAAGUUUAACUAAAGUUAAAGAACUUCAACUGGAGAUCAACACAUUGAGUUUAAGAACUUCAGAUUAAAACUACAUGGGUACUUUGGAGCCUCUGUUCUAGUGCAUAAAUGCAUCUUGCUAUUAUUAUUGGUGCUGUUUGAAUCUGUAAUGCAUUCCAUGGUUAACAGUGGUUAAUGUGGUUAAUGUUUCAAACGCGGGCUAAUUUUAAGACCUUCAGAUAAUUGCAUGCUGCAUGUACUGUAUAGUGAGCGCACAAUUAAUGCUCGCAUGGCAUUCUAAGUGCAGUAUGUGUCUCCUGGUGCAGUCUAACCAAACCAAUGGCUUUCUGUCAAAUUUGCAGUGGAUUUAAUCAGUCCCAGUCUUAUGUUUAUUAAGCUAUUAAUGCUCACUGUACAUUGUGGAUGGAAAAAUUAUUCGUUCUUUCAGACUAGUUGUGUAGCACCUGAACCUCUGUUAAAACUUGUUUUCAUGAAUUGGUGGUACUGGUCUUUCUUUCAUUUUCAUCAUUUCAGAACUGGUCAAAACAAACAGGAAAGUUAUGAUGAUGACCAGCAAAACCCUAGUUUUGUACCUUUAUAUGCAAAAGUGACGUCCUCUGUUUUUGAGAUGUUUGAGGAUCAUUGUUUUUGGUCUGUGCUGGUUUGUAAAAAUAAUUUUAUAUCUAUUUUUUGUAACGUUACACCUGUUUGCCAGCCCAGUCAAUGUUUUGUAAUAAACCAUCAUAUGUUGAGUCUAAA